AUGUCGCAACACACAACACAAGUGCACAAACAUAACACAACCCCCUUUACCCCCAAGUUCUCCGCGUCCCUGGUGGCGAGGUUUCCUGCAUUAGAACAGCCCAAGACCUCGUUACCAAAACAGGCCGAGUCUCGACACAGGCUUCUGAAGCGGGUGGCUAAGCCGUUGGAUCCACAAUCUAAACGCCCCAAGCAACGAGUCCAGGUGCCCUAUGCUAACAAGCACCUACGGAGGCCCGUCAAACAUACUUUCUCGGGCAGAGUGCAUGACCUGAAUGUGGCCAAAAUCAUCAAGACUAGCUCGCUGAGGAACGGCCACAUGAUGCAGAGCGUGUCUUCGUCCGUGGACUCGGGCCGUUCCAAGUCUCUGGAGGCCCAACACGAGGACAGACUCCAAGACUUUGCUUCCAAACAGCUCGAGUUCAGAGAGUAUAUGAAGCAAGUGAACAGUGGGCACGUUCCAGACGCUUCCGACCACUCUCGCAGUGUGUCUCCUGCUUCGGUGGCGGACUCGUUGUCUUCUGAAAGCUCCAAGGAGUCUUCUCCGGGCGUUGAAACGAAGCAACCGGACUUUUGUCUAGCUACAAGUACAAGUACUGAGAGAGCCCCCUCGUAUCCAUCGUCACGUGAGCUUGAAGAGAGCUAG